AACUCGAUGUUGCAUUUUUUUCCGUUAAAUAGAUUAUUUUCUCGAAUUCAUGCAAAUUCAUGGUAGGUUGAUAUUCUUCUAUUGAAAAGAAACGUUGAAUCCUUAAAAAUAGAUCCAGUAAGCUAUAAUAAAAUCAUUGUCAGCCGAUCUUCUGGGUCUAUWCAUAAAAUCCUUUCAAAUCACGUGCGGAAAUGUUGAAACGUGCCGUAUUACGUAAUCGAGUGAUCAUCCCGUGCGAUCCAGAGCCUCUGCGUGCGAUCUGCACGUGCAAUGAUAUUUGUUAGAGAUGUCACUCACGUGCAGCACGCCAAACRCUGAUGAAUCGAUCGCAUAGUCGCUGUAAGAAAUGUGUUUUGUACGUUGAAUAAUCUCUUAAAGGACAAACUAUUGGGAUAAACAGUAUUGUAUAGCAAAGCAUUAAAAAUGUCAGAGGAGAUAUUUCAUGAUGGAAUUGGCAAGGCCCCAGUUCUCACUUGUAAAAGAAACGGUCACAUACAACAUUUGAAAGAAAAAGAAAGUGAUAUGAAUGACCGUACAGAGCAAGAGUGGAUACCCGUUGAUGGUUUUCCUAAUAGCUUUAGACGAGGUCAUGAGGUUGGGGCAACAUCAUCUGGAAUCAAAAGGCACAAAAGUAAUCACCAUGACCAUGGAAAGCAUUACCAUAAGCAAUCUCAUCAUCAUCAUCAUCACCAUCAUCAUCACAAACGAUCAAGUGGGAUUAGUCACAUGAAUAGUGACCAAAAACGCUUUUGCAAAACUGCUUCAGCGUUGAAACAAGCAGGCUUGCUUGAACUGACAUUGCAAACUGCUCAACUUAUCCAGGAAAAUGAAAAUCUUCAAAAAGAAAUUGAUUCUUUACAACAGCAGACCCUGGAGUUUAGUAAAUCCUUGCAAGUACAGCUUGAAGAAAAAGUUAACAAGGCAAAACCUCAAAAUGGCUUUACAUAGAUUGGUAUUUCAUUCUGUACAUAUAUAUAGAUUAAUUGUAAAAAAUGGUAGAUAACAGAAUUCAAGUUAACCUCUACAGAGCAAUUUAGAUAAAAGUUCUAUAUUCUAAUGAUAUCAACUAUAGUGUGCAACAGGGUUUGUGCUACUCCUUGAAAUCCUUGAAAAGUCAUGGAAUAUGAGGGAAAUUACAAAAACUCCUAGAAAAUUACUCCUUGAAUCUGAUGAAAGUGACAUGUUGCUUGUGAGCUGCAAGCAUCAAAAAAUAUCUUCAAAAAUAGUUCUUGAAAAUUUCAUUUUUGUGCUUAAAAGUACUUGAAACGUCCUUGGAUUUUGUACUGAAAAUGUAGCACGCAUCCUGGAAUGGGUUACCAAAGUUUUGCAAUGAGCAAUGAUCUUUGAAGGGUCAAAAAUAUUUAAAGAUGAUAGAAUACUUUCAAAAUUUGCUUUCAKCAUUAAAUUUACAUGCAAUAACUCAUUACAGAUCAUUUAGGGGUUGUUUUAGACUUCUAGUAGAGUAGCCAAUUAGAGUUCAGUAUGAGUGUUAGACUAUUGAUGUUUAUAAUGUUUAGGGUACUAAAUAGCCUUACAAACCAAAGUGUUCAUUUGGCUGCCUGUAGGCUGACAACUAUUUUAUUGUAAAUAUCACUUGGAAAUUUUAAUGAAUAUUUGUAAAAUCAUGAUGGAUUAAUAAAUCAUGGCAAAACAAAGAUCUGAAUUAUUAUUAU